AAAAAAAAAAUCAGUUACCAAUUUUUCAUCUAAAUUGUGUGUUGAAUUUACGCAAAAUUUUCGGUAUUUCUAAAUUUCAAAUACACUGAACAUGUUUAAGAAAUCCUCCGGUAGACGUAAAUCACUGCGCAAGAUGUCAACCAAAAGUAAACUUAGUCCUGACGUUGACACUGUUUUGGUACCACGCAAUUCUCCGAUAAAUGCUGCACUGGGUCCACAACGAAUUCCAAAUACCAAUGAACCAGUCUUUCCAACUAAAUGUUGGCACUGUGAAAAUAUGGCAAAGAACUUUCUUUACCUAGAAAGUCUCAUACGCGCCAAUUUCAAUGAGAAGUGCAAAUGUCAGACUUGCAGUAACUCUCUAAAGUAUCUGGAAUUCGUUAAUCGCAAUAUAAAGAAGUAUUUUGGUAAUUUCGAUUCUAUUGUUGAAGUUGCGAAGGCAUUUCAGGGAGAAAGAACAGACGAUUCUGAGGAACCCGUUGAAAUUAUAGUAAAGAAACCAGUUAAGUCUAAGAAAAGGGCCCGGAAUAAGUCGGGGGAGAAGUCUACUAAGUCUACUAACGAAAAUGUUGCCAGUAAGACAAAGAGUAAGAAAGAAGAAAAGAAAUCAUCUAUCAAAAAAUCGAAAUCUAUCAAAAAAGUGAAUGUAAAAAAUUCUACCUCUAAGGGAAAACCAAAAAAAAAAAAUGUAACUCGCGUCGUGAUUAAAACAGCUGUUCCCAACUCCAACACAACUAUUCAACAUUAAAUUGACAAGCUUUAUAAAUGACGGUUGAGGGAAGUAACAUCAACUGGCCAAAAUGUUUCAAAAGAGCGAAGGAAAUAUUAGGAAAUAUGAGCUUGAAUUUCCUCAUAAUUUAAUAAGCGAGGUUUGCAUUAAAAACACUAACAAAAUACAUUUUAGCACAAACUUCAACUGAUUUUCACCAAAAAUAAUUGAUUGAACUAAGCCCUAAGUGACAAGGAAACAAUUGCAAUUACCUAAACAAGAUAUGAUUAUUUCAAAAUCUUUUCGACAUUUAAUUUUAUGCAUACCACACGUGAUAAGUUAAGUUGCUACUACAACGUUUGGAAAGCACUAUAUUAAGGAAUCCAAAAACCACUAUACCUUUACCAAAAACCACUAAUAGUAUUACUGUGAAAUUAUAAAUUGAAUACCUAAAUGGAACAUCUCUUAACUUUUUAACCAAGUACUGGGAGUAAAUGCGUGGUUUAUGUACUUAUUAAAACGGAAGUGAUUCAAAUUGGACAUGAAAUUAUAUUAAAAAUUACUAAUCAUUGUUAAUUCUUUUAAUUUGGACAUAAAUAUAUUUACU